CUGCAGGAACUUCACUUCGUCACAAGUCCCAAGAGAUGCCACAUUUGCUUGUCUGCUGCGCCACAUGAGUCAAAGUUUUUUAAAAAAAAGGGGAAGAGGCUGAUGCUCUUCUUUCCAGUGAACUUUGCUACUUUUUUUUUUUUCUCACGCAAAACAGCAGUGGCUCUUCUUCUUCUUCUUCAACCAUUUGAUUUCCAAUGGCUCUUCUCCAGCAGUACUUCUGGCUGGGGCUGAUUGUCGUGAUCAUUUUUGUGUGUUUGCUCAUUGCCGUCAUUUUCGUCUUCAUCAACAUGUGCAUCCUGAAGAAAGGAAAACACCGAAUCUUACAGGAUCACAGAGACUCCGAAGACAAGGAAAGGAAACCCCAAGAGUGGGCGCAGGAUACUCCGCCCUUACCUCCUCGCACCCAGUUCCUGUACGCAGAGGCCCAGAGCUAUGAGAACUUUGCAAAGCUUCCCGACGACGAACCAAAAACAAUGUCCCAUGACCUACAUAACAAUCGGAAGAACGAGGCUGCUCUUCCUGGACAUACGCAGAUCCGGGAUCAGCAGUUUUGGCGUGACCAGAACCUGUACAAAGAUCCGACCUCUUCCAACCUCCACAACCAAGAUCAGAAGCUGACCAACCACCACAACCAAAAUUUGAACCUCCAUAACCGAGAUCAGUCCUUGACCCGCUUGGGUAUCCAAGACCACUACCUGAGCAAUCUCACUAACCAAGAGCAGAAUCUGGGCACCCUCCACGACCAAGACACUGACUACGAGGAGAUUCCAGAUGAGCAGUCAGACUACGUGGAGCUAGAGGACCAAGAGGAAGAAGUCUUACCCCUGGUUCUGUCGCAUGAAAAAACCCUUGAUCUGUCAGAAGACACAGAGGAUUAUGACGACAUCGACGAAAAAGACCAGGAUGAGGAGUGCUAUGAUGACGUUGUUUGAGUCUAUUCUGGACGUAUUAAACUAUUCACUCUGUUGGGUUUCGUUCAGGGGCGAAUGCUAGGCUAAUACUAUAAAUCCAAGAAACCUCAAUAGAGUUUGCCACUUGGUAUUUCUUUAAAGGUGGCGUUUCAGGGAGGUGAGGCAAUUUUGUUUGCUCAGUUGUGAGACAAUGCAACGUCGGGAGCUUUACGAGGAGUCUGAUUUGUGUGGCUGACCACUAACAUCAUCUGUUAGCGGUACGUUAGUCAUUCCUUUCUUUUUAUGCUUAACUUUUAAUGAUACGUUAUGGAUUGUGUUUGACCUCGGAGGUUCCCCUAUAAAGCUCGUGCACGUGAUGUCAUCAUUUUCACGGCGCCAUAUUUGCCGGUCAAACACAGCUGAUCGACACUGUGGGAGACAUUGAACCGGAGGAGAAUAUUUACAAUACCCGAGACCUGUUGUGCUGUUGGUUAUCACAACAGACGAGACAGAUAUUCAAAGACCAACCAAAAUACACCCACGCCUGUGUAGCGAUCGCUUCAUUUCAUACUAGCUGAAAAGAUCGAUGGAUUCCGGCUAAGGUUAAUGUGUGGUGGCCGAACGCUUCCGUGUUCACAAGCUGUGAAACCCGUCACUAUGUGGGAUCUAUUCCUGAUUGAGAACAGAUCCAGAAACAAAGUAUUUGUACGCAUCCAGAUUUUUCUACACCUUCAAACUCUUCCCUGUAAAUCUUAACGAUUUACUCACCAGAUCCACGUGCAGAAACAAUUGUCCAAGAAGCAAAUUAAUAGUCCGAUUUCUUAUCGGCGAAAACAUCGACUUUGGGAUUAAAUCCGUGUCCUCUAUGCCGAGUUUAUGUAGUUUUUCCAAGUACCGUCAUUUAUUUUCACCUUCCAAAUGUCCAACGGUAUCGGACAAGACUCUGGACGUCGUGCUAUAAGACAUAUUUUCGUGUCGUCUCCAACUGACUUAGCAUUGAACAAUGCUUUGUUAGACCGGCAGUAUGGCGACGUACACCAAAGUCACGUGAUUUUAUGACGUAGGUGCAUGAGCUCUGCAGCUUGUAUGUGAAGGCUAAAUAUGAAAUGAUGACAAAAAGUAAAAGACAAAUUGUGAGCAGGUCCUCCGUUGUGACAACGGGGAUCUGAGCUGUCUUCGCAGUGGCAAACUGCUUGCCUCAGGCUGCCUCUUUCCGCACGGUGACGGCACAGCUGAAAGAAGGAAAACAUAUCUCUUGCGCUAACCGCCUCAUCAUAAUACUGUAGUCAGUCCUUCGCUGGGACUUAAGAGCUUUAAUGGAUGCGAGUGGCGGCUUUGCAGUAUUAUUAAACGCGGCUGAACUGAGGCUGUAAAUGACAUUUCGAGAGAAAAAUGCAAGACAUGCAAAAGAAAUUUGGGUCUAGCAUGAAGAGCAGCGGUGGGCAUAAUUUUUACAGCGGUACCGCAAUUUACAAGUGACCCACCUGACUUUUUUUCUAGAUAUGAACCAUUGCUUGGACAAUUUUUUUUUCUGUCUUGAGUCGUGAACAAAAAUCUAGUUACAAAGUCGCAGCAAACUUUACAACAAGCAGAUGUUUGCCAGAUAGGCAACAAUUAUUUAAAAAAAUAUAUAUAUAUGAAAACAAAACAAAAACUGAUAUUUUGAAUGCUUUAUAAAUACAUUUGAGGUGAGUUGAAUUGUGCAUAAAACCAAAAGGUGGUAACUUAUUGGAAGUCAGCCAGCUUAAUGAUAACAUACAUUAAACAGUCAUCGAUGUUGGGAUAAUCAUAAACCUUUUCACACCUUCUAAAUUUAGCACAAGCAGUAGCAACCCAUAAAUGCAGCGCACUCAAUAUUACUCACACACAUAUCAGAAUCAGCUUUGGGCGAGUUUAUUACAAGACACACAAGGAAUUUGUCUCUACUUUUGUGUUAUUGUCUAUAUUAUUUAUCCAUUCUUGUAUGGAUGUAUUUCUUUCGAUUAUAGCAAGUUUAAUUGAGACAGUUGUCUGUUUUAAUCAUCAAAUCUUCAUGUCUAUUUUCUGUAAAUAUUAUAUCGUGGCGUGGUGGCCUAGUGGUGAACACCAGAAUGAGCAGCACAAUGCCCAUUGAGAUAUCACAAUGCACAAGCUGUUCCGGUAAAAUAUGUUAUUAUUUUAUGUUUUGAUUACGCUGGCAUAGAGCACUAUUUGUGGCAUUGAAAAAAAAAAGUUGACAUUUUUGUUGGUGUUAGUUGAUUCAUUUCUCUGCUAAACAAUAAUUUGAGAAAUGAGUUAUGAGCGGGCGAGUUAUGAGCGUGGCACAAAUGAAAUUUAUCAGAUUAACUUUCGAGGAUUCAAGGAAUUUAUUUGUCAUAACGAGACACGUCUACACAACAUGGUCCAAUAGUCCAAUAAAUUCAGAGACAUAUAGAAUCCAAAUAAAAGAAGAAAAUAACAUAAAAUAAAAGAUGCAAACAUUUUUUUAAUCUACAAGUAUGUGUGUGUGCAACGAUUCAAAUGUAGCAAAAAUGAGUCUGAAUUGAAUUGAACAC